GCAUGGAAAGCUUCUCGCCCAAAAGAGUCCAUGGAAAAGGUCGGAGCUACCCAUCCAAAUCCCUAACUAAUAAUGAGGAUUAAAUGGAAACCAUGUCAAAAUUUUUGCACCGAUGGUGUAAUAAAUUAAAGUUGGCAACUAAUUUGCAAAUGGAUUAAAUAGGUGAACCGCUCGAACCGGGACCCAAUAACAUCCGGUUUAUUGACUGGUCGGAGUUUCAAAAAGUUGAUAAUUUCUCGGGUCGUGGAGCAGUUAAAUCUUGAAAGGCUCCUGCUCACGAGACCUAGACGAAGCGGAGAAGACUACACGAACGGAGAGGAAACCAUGAAUUCGACUGCUCGAAGAAGCGGCGGCGGAAUGCUCGAAGGGCUCUACAGAGUCAUCAUGCGCCGAAACUCCGUCUAUGUGACCUUCGUCAUUGCUGGUGCCCUCGUUGGCGAACGGGUGGUUGACUAUGGAGUUCAUAAGAUCUGGGAGCAAAACAAUGUUGGGAAGCGGUAUGAGGAUAUUUCUGUAUUGGGAACAAGGCAAUCAGAAUGAGUCGCCAGUUUCACCCUUUUCCCCCCUGGAGGAUUGCAUCUGCUCUGUAUUUUGGAGUUCAAAAAGCAUCCCAAACUAGUGGUCAAUAAAAAUGUUAUUAUUGCUGCUCCUGAUGUGGCUGUGAUUUUUCUCAAUGUUUAGAAGUCGUUGAUGGCAUUUUUCUAUUUGUUUUUUUGGGUAAACUACUAGAGGAUCAUCCUUGUUGAGGUUUAAUUUGUUUAGUCAGAAAACGUGAGGUUGAUUCUGCAUCUC